GUUAAUCGGUUAAUAAAAUCAACCGAUACCUCCUUUAAAACUUGAAUAAGUCAACAAAAGGUAUUGAUUGAAAUAUGCUGGCACAAAAGUUCGAUAUCUAUAAAUAGACUGUAUGAUUUUAUAUUAAGUUUAACAAAAAUGAAAACUGUAAACACCAUGUACAAUUUAUGAGCACUAUGGCUGAUUCGAAAAGGUCAACCGAAGGUAACUGGAGGGACACAAGGUCGGCUGCACAAAGUUUAUCCUACCUUUGCCUCGCAGAACAUCUUUCUGACAUCAGUUUUACCUUCAGCGCCAUUAAGGAUGUGAAACUUCCGGUUCAUAAAUUUGUACUGAGCCUGCGCAGUGAAGUUUUUGAAGCCAUGUUUUAUGGUCCACUUGCAGAAGGAGGUGAAACGGUGUUAAUUGAAGAUGUCGAACCUGACGUAAUGAAGACUGUUUUAAG